CUUCAUUCAGUGCUUUACACAGUAUGGCCGGCGAUAUUAGCUAGCACUCGCUAACGGUAUUCUCUGCAAAAGGGAAGACGGUAACUAAAGAAAAUCAACCCCUGGAUUGCUUAAGAACUGAACAUAAAUAAAUCAGAACUAAUCGAGGAAGGGUUAAUUAAGCUGUAAACGUUAAAAACCGACGUUAUAAUAAUUUGUGUUGGGUGUCUGUUGUCUCAUGAUGGAGGAUAAUGGUGCACAUUUCUUCGAGGGGACCGAGAAGCUGUUGGAGGUGUGGUUCUCUCGACAGGAUGAAACCAAAGGAACCGGAGACCUCCGAACUAUCCCAAGGUUUGAGUGGGACAAACUUCUGGAGAAUGUGCAUUGUUUGAUAAUAAGUGUGACAAAGACUGACAAGCAGGAAGCUUAUAUACUCAGUGAGAGUAGCAUGUUUGUCUCCAAGAGACGUUUCAUUUUGAAAACAUGUGGAACCACCCUCUUACUGCAAGCACUGGUGCCUCUGCUGGAACUCGCCCGGGAGUACUGCGGCUUCGAUGCCAUCGAGAAUUUCUUCUACUCCCGCAAGAACUUCAUGAAGCCGACCCAUCAAGAGUUCCCUCAUCGAAACUUCCAGGAAGAAGUGGAUUUUCUCAGCCAGAUAUUCCCAAAUGGUGCAGCCUACUGCAUGGGACGUUUGAACUCUGACUGCUGGUACCUGUUUACCCUGGAUCUACCGGACUACUGGGAGAACAAGCAUGCAGAUCAGACGCUGGAAGUUCUGAUGAGCGAUCUUGAUCCAGCUAUUAUGGACCAGUUCUACAUGAAAGAUGGUGUUUCUGCAAGUGAGGUCACUCGUAUGAGUGGAAUUCGUGACCUGAUACCAGGUUCUGUGAUCGACGCCACAAUGUUCAACCCUUGUGGAUACUCAAUGAAUGGAAUGAAGACUGACGGAACCUACUGGACCAUCCACAUCACGCCAGAGCCUGAGUUCUCCUACGUCAGCUUCGAGACCAACCUGUCCCAGACGUCGUACGACGACCUGGUCAGGAAGGUGGUGGACGUGUUCAAGCCAGGAAAAUUUGUGACCACCCUUUUUGUCAACCAGAGCUCCAAAUGUCGCAGCGUCUUCUCCUCUACCCAGAAACUGGAGGGCUACAAGCGUCUGGACCGCCAGUUGGCCCAGUUCAACGACUACAACUUUGUCUUCACAAGCUAUACAAAGAACCGCCAGCAGAACCAGCAGAGCUGAGGGUUGAGGAUGAAGAGGCGCAAGAAGAAAGGUGGCCCCGCUGGGCCCCCCUGCAGUCUGCUUCACCCUCUUGUAGAAAGCUUGUUGUCUUCCUCCUCCCCAGCUCCAAGUUUAACCUCCAGUUUGAGUUGUUUGCGUUGUUGUACCUGUGACUUAGAUCUCUUGCAUGAAAGCUCUUCUCUCUGUCUUGAUUUUCUAGCUCACUCUUGCUGUGACUUUGAGGUGCAUGUAGAAGAAUUAAGGAUGUCCACCUGUGUCAAUUACAACGGUCCCUUCCUGCAGGUGUCCCCCCUCAUCCCCCACAGACAAGGCUUCCGCCCACACUAGACCGGUACCCUGACAUGCUCAGAUCAGGCUGUCUCUUCGGUUAGCUUCCACACACAUUAUUCCAGCUACUGAAUCACUUUACAACCUGUUUUUACUGGCGGUACAUAAAGACCGGCCUCUUGGUGUCUUGUCUGAAUGUAGCUCACUUCCAACUCGACUUUUUAUGAUUCGCUGCAUGUUGGCUUAGCUGGGCUCUUCCAGACGUCCCAGCUCACAUUAAGGUUGCCAACUCAUCCGACCUGGCGGCGUCGCCUGCUGAAUGUACGCCUCCAGGAGAGCCUUCCUCCCUGUUCACACUGCUCAUAAUGCCCUCUGCUGACCAAACACAGUUCCCCUUCCAGCAGAACCCCCCCCAGGCUGAGAGCCAGCCAUUCCCGUUGAAUGGGAAACCAUGAAUUAGACACUUUUUCCUCGGCUGCCCAGCAAAGCACUUUUCUUUUUCUCACAUAAUAUCCAUCCUCUCUCUCUCUUUCCGCCCCCCCCCAACCCCACCCCCCACCCAAUAGAAAAAUCUGUAAAUGGACAAUAGAGGCCAGUCUGAGUAUGCCAGGGCGAUCCCGGAUCAUUCCACAUGUAACUGCUGCCUAAACUGCCGUUUUAUUAAAUUUACUGCCCCCCCCCCCCAGCAUUUUUUGGGGGGCCUUUGUCUGCUUGGGGGGGGGGGGGGGGGGGUUGUGGAUGGAUCCUGUGUCACUGGUGGUGCAUGUGACUUCUAGUACUGUGUUGCUUGACAGUUUAGCGUAGCACUGUCUCUUCCUCCUUUCUGUCUACAUCAUCUUCCUCUGGUCUGACCAGCUGAAAACACACUUGGAGCUGCUGCAUCCUGAUAUGAUGGAGAAACGGGGUCUUCAUUUAUCAUUAACGUCACUUCUAGCUCAUUUCAUGCUCCUCCUGAAUAAGUUUUUGGAGGAUGUGAUGGAGUCCAAACACACUCAGCUGUCACUGUUAAAAGCGUACAUUUUAACCUUGUUGGUGUGGAUCAUUACCAUUUUUAUUUUUCUACAGUAAACUGAAAAUGCACUGUUGCUGUUGAAUGGUGAAAAGAUUUUACAAAAAUAUUUUGUAUUUCUGCUGUGGACCAAUCUUUCUUUUUUUUUUUUUCUCCUUCUUCACGUUGUGUACAGAUGUUUUUGUAAAACCAGCGUUCCACACGAGUUUGUUCUGAGGUUAAAGAAAUGGCUUUUUUUUUUCCUAAGUAAACUGAAUCACAUUGUUUGACUUUCCUCCUCUGAGCGUCUGGGUGGGGGUGGAGGCUCCGGGUCUGAAGGGGUGCAGUUACAGGAUCUGUCAGGAUGUACUGAAGGACACACUUUGCUGUUCUAAUUCUUUCUUUUGCUGUUCUUUGGAUGGUCAAGAUGUGCUGAAUCUGUGCUAUGAGCUUGAUGCUUCAAUAAAAUCUCUAAAAUCUGA